UCAUACGACACACCGUUGAAAAGUCAAACUCGGACAGCCAUGGAAGCUUCCGACCUUUCCUCAGAACCUCCGAACCCACAAAAGUCUUCACAGCGACACAGAGAAUGACCCGUCAUCUCCCGGUCCUCCUUCUUGGCCAAGAUUGUUUCUUUUCCACGAUGAGCAAUAAGAUUCUGAGCAAAAAGAUCAGCUAGAGAGAGAGAGAGAGAGAGAGAGAGAGAGGAGAUGGAGAUCAAGAAGCUCUCGGAGGCGGUCCAGAACGGCGAUCUGUCGGCCCUCUUGGACCUGCUCGAGCAAGAACCUCUCGUUCUCGACAAGAUCAUCGUCCUCGGCUUCUCCGAGACGCCCCUCCACGUGGCCUCCGAGCUCGGCCACGCCGACCUCGUCCGGGAGCUGCUGAGCCGCGCCCCCGGGCUCGCCUCCGAGCUGGACUCCCGGGGCAACUCGCCGCUCCACCUGGCCGCCGCCAAGGGCCACGGCGAGAUCGUGGGCCAGCUCCUCUCCGCGGACCCGGCGGCGGCGUCGGUGAGGAACCUCGACGGGAGGGCGCCGAUCCACGUGGCGGCUGUCAAGGGCCGAGUCGACGCGGUGCGCCGGAUGAUUGGCGCCGGCGGGACCGAGUCGGCUCGCGAGCUGACCGACAGGGACGAGACGGCGCUGCACCUGGCGGUGGCGAACGGGAAAUUGGAGGUGGUGAGGGAGGUGGUCGGGGCGGUGGGCGGAAGAGACAGGGCUGAGCUGUUGAAUUGGAGGGAUUGCGACGGGAAUUGCAUCUUGCACAUCGCCGUCGCCAUGAAGCAAACUGAGACCAUAAAAUUCUUGCUUGCCAUCCCCGAUGUAAACGUAAACCUGAUGAACAAGAACGGCUCGACCCCACUAGAUGUGCUCAAGCAGUCUCCCAGGGACCUCCAGGACAUGGAAAUCGAAGACUCUCUUCUAAAUGAAAGAGCUUUGAGAUCCAAGUCAAUCUACCCAUUUGACCGCGACCCAGACCAGACACAGAUCGCUCAGCUUUCACGUGAAGCUCCGACUUCGCCGUUACUCGUUGUGCAAAAGACCCCUUUGAAGAAUAGACCGCCUGCAAGGAAAAAGGAAAACCAGAUCAGCAGCCAUAGAUCCUCCCUCAUGGUGGUUGCGUCGCUGAUUGGCACCGUGGCCUUCCAGGCUGCCAUCACCCCUCCGGGAGGUGUGUGGCAGAACGAUCUCACCGAGGAUGAGAAUGGCCAACCCGUCAAGGAGCCUCAUUAUGCAGGGACUUCUAUAAUGGCCCACACCCAAAGUCAAGAGUACGGGCUCCUCUUCAUCUUCAACACCAUCUCCUUCCUCUCGUCCCUGAGCAUCAUCCUCCUGCUGGUGAGCGGGCUGCCCAUAAAGCGGCGCCGCUAUAUGUGGGUGCAGAUGGUGACCAUGUGGAUCGCCAUGACCGCGCAGGUGAUCACCUACUUCCUCGCGCUGAGGCAAAUGUCGCCGGACAAAACCGACUCCGAAUUGUUCCCCGUGCUGAAGGACGUGACGGAGGUAGCGGUGCUCGCCUGGUUCUGCCUGAUGGGGGUGGUGUUCUUCGGGAACCUCGCGAGGUUGGGCCUGUAUUACCUGAGGAAGAAGGGGUAUAUCAAGAAGAAGAAGAAGAGAGAGGAGGAGGCAAGGGCUCUACCAGAUGAUCCAGGUGAAGAUGAAAUGUUUUGAGACUGAGCGAGUUAUAUUCAUGGAUAUGUACAUAGUGAGUAAUUCUGCAAUUUUCUGAUUCUUUGGUGUCUCCUUGAUACAAAAGGAAUCAUGUAGAGUUUUUUUUCCCUCUUCUCUGUCUUCCUCAAAAGUCACCACUUCUGCAUUGUUUGUUGUUUGUACUUUUGUCAUCUUAUACUAAUAUAAAGAACUUUAUGUUAA